AUGCAUGAUAUAGCUGAUCAGCGAGCAGUUAGCCAUGAUGUCAAGAAGAAAGCAAAUUGUAAGUUCAGCAAGACAAAGGAAGAACGCAAUGCAAGUUCAGCAUUGAGAGGAUUCCUCAACAUGUUCAAUAUGCUGCGACAUGCCAGUGGGUUGCAAAGGAAGAGACAUGAGGCUGGGACCCAGGUUCGAAACGAACCAAGCCUCCGCUCUUACUUCCGGGUUUACGCCCCAGCUUGUUUUGAGAAACCAUUCAAGUCCGAAGCACUCUCUUGGUUUGGGACGUUGAAGGCACCCCGAGAAGCUAGAAAAAGAAUUCUAGUACUGCUGAGACCUGGUCAAGUAGACCUAUAUCUUGAGAAAAUGGCAGAUGACCUGCCUUAUCGGGCUGAAUAUGCAAAAAGCAAUAGAUCAUCAUGUAAAGGAUGCCGAGGGCAGAUUGUCAAGGAUUCAUUGAGACUGGCUAUUAUGGUUCAGUCUCCUAUGUUUGAUGGGAAGCAACCCAAUUGGCAUCAUGUGCCAUGUUUUUUUGAGAAGCAGCGUCCACAUGAUGCAGCAGACUUCUCCCACUUUGAACAGCUCCGCUGGGAAGACCAGGAAACCAUCAGAAAGAAAAUUGAGAGUGCUGGAUCUGCCAAGGAAAAAGGUGGAAAGUCAAAGGUAUCUCCUGGUACCAAUCUGAAGGAUUUCACUGUUGAAUAUGCCAAGUCCAGUCGAUCUACGUGUAUUUCAUGUGAGAGCAAAAUUGAAAAGGGUGAAGUUCGAAUUGCAAAGAAGGAUUAUGAAUCUGAUAGUGCAAAGCGUUUUGGCCCCAUGAAUCGCUGGCACCAUGUGGACUGUUUUGUGAAGGAUAGGGAAGAGCUGGAGUAUUUUGACAGUGGUGCUAAGUUACAAGGAUUCAAGACUCUUUCAGCAGAAGACCAGGCUGAACUGCAGAAGAAGCUCAGCAAAAUGGAUGGGAAAAAGAGGAAGGCAGGUGGAGAUGCAGUUGAUGGAGCAGGGAAGAAAAAGCCAAAACUGGAAGGGACAAAAGAGGAAGACUCUAUGAAGGAGACAUUAAAGAAGCAAAAUGAAGUGAUCUUCAAGUAUAGAGAUUGGCUUAAGAAGGAGCUCAGCAAGAAAGAUUUGACCUUAUUGUUUGAAUACAAUCAACAAGAAACACCAAAAGGGGAAGACAGUAUGCUUGAUCGCUUGGGAGAUAUCAUGGCCUUUGGUGCUCUUCACCCAUGUGAUGUCUGCAAGAAUGGACAGCUUGUAUUCCGGUCUGGAGUUGGUUAUCAAUGUUUGGGAAAUCUGACAGAAUGGACCAAGUGUACCAACAUUACUGAUAAUCCCAAAAGAAAACCCUUCAAGAUUCCCCCAGAACUUGCAGAGGAAUAUAGCCUCCUGAAGAAGUAUAAGGGGAAAGUGGGCAAGCGAGAAUUUGUGCACAGCAACCGAGGAGUCACAAAAGUUAAACCAGAGAGAAAGAUGGAGACCCGUCAGAAGCGAGACGGUGCUGUGAAUGUUCGCGAGACUGUGAAAUUUUCGGCGGAACAAAAACGAGUGAUCCUCCUCUACCAUUUUCGGAGCGGUUUGAAACCGCAACAGGCGUUCGAAGAGAUGAAGAAGAACAUCGGGGAUGAUGCUCCAGGCAGGACCAUGGUCUUCAAGUGGUUUCAACGAUUCGAAGCUGGUCAUUUCGAAGUCACCGAUGAUCCACGAAGUGGGCGUCCAAGAACUUCGACAGACGACGGAAUGGUUGCUGCCGUGGCAAAAUUCCUGGAAGAAGAACCCUCUGCGACCACAAAACGACUNGAAGUCACCGAUGAUCCACGAAGUGGGCGUCCAAGAACUUCGACAGACGACGGAAUGGUUGCUGCCGUGGCAAAAUUCCUGGAAGAAGAACCCUCUGCGACCACAAAACGACUUGCCGACGUCUUUCAAGUCUCAAAAACGUCGAUUUCGUCCAUUCUUCAUGACCAACUUGACUACUCAAAGAAAUCUGCUCGUUGGGUUCCACGUCUUCUGAAACCGGAGGAGAAGGAGGCCAGGGUGAACUUCUGCAAGAAGUUCCUGGAGGAUUUUGAAGACGGAAAUUCGCCAAACUUCAGGAAGAUAAUCACUGUUGAUAAUCUCUUCGAACGCCAGUUGCGGUUUUAA